CUGUUAUUGAAAAAGAACGCAAAGAAAAAUGCGCAUGUGACAUGUUCGAAUGAUUCGUCAUAAAGUAUCGUGUCACUUCGCAUUGCCAUAUACUUCUCAUUUUUCAGAUCUUUCUUAAAGUACUUUAUCAAUGAAUGGUCUCUCUUCUACGGUUCAAGGCUGUCUGCAGACGAUGGCGCUCAAUUAUUGAAAGCUCGAAUUUCAUCCAUCGACAUGCCACUUUCCAGAACUCCACCAGUAAGUUUGGUAAUUUCAUUUUUCAAUAUCGUCCUGCAAAUAAUUUUGAUUUGAACUACAAACCACACUUUUUUGUGCUAUCCUCGUGUCGUGGUAGCGAAAAAGAUUGUGGUCAAUGGAGUUACAAAAACUUAGGUAUGUCACCACAUUUAAGUGAUGAUGAGGAUGACUAUCUAGAUCCUUAUGGUAGAACUCCUCCCGGAGCAAAUAUGGUGGGUUCUUGUCAUGGCAUCAUUUGCAUACAUGAUGCCGAACCCAGGAAUAUUAUUCUUUGGAACCCUGCAACUAAGAAAUCUCGAUGUCUCCCUAAAUCGUUACCGCUCCCACAAGAAUUUGGUGUAUUACAAUCUGAGUUUGUUUUGUUUGGUUUCGAUUGCAAAACGUGUGAUUACAAAGUGUUGCAAAUCACUUUCUUUAAAAUCGGCAAUGAGCUUAACAUCAUUCCUAAAAACAAGGUUCAAAUAUACAGCUUACGCUCAGAUUCUUGGAGAUGGUGUAUGGAUGCCAAUUUCUACAGUCACACUCAUAAAGACAAUCCUGAAAAUCAAGGUCGAUAUCUAAAUGGCAGUUACUAUUUUGUCGGAAAGAAUUUUCGCGGAAAUGAAAUGAUAGACGUGUUGCAUUCGUAUGUUCAUCCGGAGAGAGUGAUUUUUUCCUUCAAUUUCAGCAGAGAAAGUUUCAGAGCGAUACCUGUUCCAGACAUAACCUUGUGGCCAGAUGUGGUGGUACCUGCUCCCUACAUAACCUCUCGGCUAGAUGUCAUAGGAGGUGACCAAGGAAAGAUUGUUUACAUUGCAGGAUCAUUAAACAGUACCAGUAAAGUAUAUGAAGUGUAUGCUUUGAAUGAUUUCGACUACAGUUGCAGUGCCACAAAUGUGGAGAAUAACGAGUACUCAUGGAGCAAACUGCACAUGUUCACUGUAAAUCAUCCUUGUGGUUAUAGCGGUUAUGGUCCUAAGGCAAUUACAAAAAAUGGAAUGUUUGGUUUUUUGUGUGGUUAUAGCGGUGGUCUGGUGUUUAUCAACCUUCUUACAGGAGAAAUGAAGGAUAUUGAAGUUAUUGAUGCCUCUUUGGAAUCGGAAGGUGUAGAUGUUGUAUCAAGAGCAGACAUUUACCAGGAGAGCUUAGUCUCAAUCGAUAGUGCAGUGUUCAAAAGCUAGCUAUUGGAUCGUAAUUCUGAAGCAAUGGCUACUGCUUUGAGCUUUGUAAAAUAUUGUACUGUAACCUUCUUUGUUCUCCAAAAAAUAAGGUAAAUCAUAAACACGAACAGUUAAUUUGUCAUCCUAGCUUUCCCUUCUAUGGCCUGCUGGUGGUCCAUAAACACAAACAAUCAAAUUAAUUUGAACAGAACAUUCAAAUUUACAUCCAUUAGUAUAUACCCCUUUAAACCAACAAAUUCAUGAACGAAUAAACACCUCACUCUUGCCACAAACUAGUUAAUAGCAAAUGCUAUAAAACUCUAAAAAAAAAA